AUGCUUAACACGAACCGUGGCAGGCUGUGGGGCAAUGUUGGCUCCACGGUAGUCGGCGACACGUGUGCAGCCGACGCCAAGCUCAUUGAUUAUGAGCCCGACAAGCUCAGCUGGCUAAUGGCUGCCGUAAAGAAUUGGCCACCAGUCAAUUGCUUUGCCCCCAAAAGGUUGUUACAUAAAAAUGGCGCGCCAAUAAAUCGAUCUUCACGAUGUGGUUUGCUGGCGGCUGGCUAUUGUCAGAAUCGCCAGAAUCUAGAGUCUGGCCCAGAGGCUGAGUCAGCCGAGAGUGCGCCCAGUUGGAAAUUAGUUAGUGCACAGCAGCAACAGCAGCAGCAGCAGCAACAGCAACAACAGCAACAACAGCAACAAGAAGAACAGCACCCACAAAAGAUGCAAUCGCUACGUCGUUUGGUUCUGUUUGGACUCUUGGCCGUGCUGAGCGUCUGCUCCUUUGCCAAGCCCCAUGGCUGGAGCAGCAGCGGUGGCGGCGGCAGCGGCAGCGGCGGUGGUUGGUCAUCGGGUGGCGGAUCCUCCGGCUGGUCUAGUGGCGGCGGCGGUGGCAGUGGCGGCGGCGGCUGGAAAAACGGCGGCGGCGGCGGCGGCUGGUCAUCGGGUGGCAGCUCCUCUGCCUGGCCCAGCAAAAUAAGCAUCAGCGCUUGGCCUUCCAGCGGCGGCGGCAGCAGCGGCGGUGGUUGGUCCUCGGGCGGCAGCGGUUGGAAAAGUGGCGGAGGCGGCGGUGGCGGCGGUUGGCCCAGCGGCGGCGGCAGCAGCUCUGGCUGGAAAACGAGCUCCGGUGGCGGUGGCGGCCUAGGCACUAGCUUGUCUAGCGCACUGUCAAGCCUUUCCGGCUGGAAAACUCAAGCAUUGUCGGGUCUGAGCAGCGGCUGGAAAUCAGGCGGCGGCGGCGGCGGCGGCGGCAGUGGUGGCGGCUGGAAGUCAGGUGGCGGCGGCGGAGGUGCCUGGAAGUCAGGUGGUGGCGGCGGCGGCGGCUGGAAGAGCGGCGGAGGCGGCGGUGGCUGGAAGAGCGGAGGUGGUGGCGGCGGCGGCGGCGGCGGCAGUGGCUGGACGAGCGGAGGUGGCGGCAGCGGCGGCGGCGGUUGGUCUUCCGCCGGAUCUAGCAGCGGCUGGAGCUGGUAGAACCCUGUCGAUAACGAAACACUGAGGCGACAUUUGGCAAAAAACUGCAACUGUACAUAACAACAAAAAAAACAAAAUAACUAUCUCUUAUGCUAUGACAAA